AUGGACGAGAACGAGGUGAUGGCCGCGUUCCUGUGGAGCAAGCACUCGAAGGAGGUGUACAGCAACCAGGGGCUGAAGGAUCUGCACCACCUGCACCAGGACUUCAUCAUCAACGACUACACCGACAAGAUAGCGACCAACAUCGACCUGCUCGACACGGAGCUGAAGUUUGCGUGGGCCGCCCUGAACCUGUUGAACGAGGAGUACACAAAGAUGUCGGAGAAGGUGUUCAAGCUGCAGUCGCUCAACAUAUCACAGCAGCGGAUAGUGCAGAACCUCCAGUUCAUGGAGGAGAACCGGAAGGCGUACCUGGACAUGAUACCGGACUACGCGAAGCACCACGAGUUCUCGCUGCAGGAGCAGUCGCGGCUGCGGCAGGACCUGGAGUACCGGGACCGGAUCAGCGAGGCUCUGCACAGCGGUCUGCAGGAGGACGCACUGCAGGACGAGUACCUGCUCCAGCAGCAGCAGCACCACAACGAGCUCCUGUUCGAGCACCAGCUCCAGAUGCACAGCUCCAUGCAGAUGCUGCACUCGGCGUCACAGCAGCACCACGGCGGCCACCAUCAUCAUGCCGUGUACUCGGGUGAGCUCGAGCAGCAGCAGCAGCACCAACAGCAACAGCAGUACGACGCCGAGUACCUGGCGGCGGUACAGCGUAACUUCGGCAACGUGCCGGCGGUCCUGCAGGAUCAGUACGCCAAGCUCAUCCAGGCGCACCUGGAGGCCGAAGCGAGCUCGGUCGCGAUCCGAUCCGGGCCGCCGGCUGCUAUCGAGCCGCCUCCUCCACCGGCGGCCCACGCUAUCGGCCGCCCAUCGACCAAUCCGUUCCUGACGGCGGGCGAAGCGAGCCGCGGGCUGCUGAGCAACAUUGAGCCGGCGGACAGUGCGGCCAUCAUCGAGGAGCAGCUGCGGACUUCGUUCCUGAACCACGCCAAGCAGCUGGAGCUCUUGGAGGCCGUCGGGAGCUCACCAUCACCGGGGACCGGGAAGCGGUACCCGGCGGGCGACCGGGCGGGGCCAGUGAGUGAGGAAGGGAUGCGGGAGCUGAUCAACAAGAUCAUGAGCGAGGAGGACGUGGCGUCGCUGAGCAGCGAGGAGAUGGACCGGGUGCGUUGCUUCAUGGCACGGAACUGCUCCGAGCUGCUGGAAGCGUUCGGGGACGAGGAGCUGCAGGCGGUGUACCCGUCCGUCAAGACGGCCGAACUGCUGCUGGUAGCGCGCCGUACCGCGGGUGGCGGGCGCCCGUCGACCGGUAGCCCACGGGCAUCGCCGGCCAAGUACGGCCUCGCGGACGGGCUGGCUACGCUCACGAAGGACGACCUGCUGACGGUGGCGAACGGGACCAUCACGAUCCACCACGAUACCAGUGCGUCCGAGAGCGACUUCCGGCUCAGUGCCGAGCCCAGUGACGAAGGGGUCGGGGUCACCACUGGCGGUGGCGCCUCGCCCGAGAAGCUGAUGGAGUUCUCGCCCUUCGGUCUACAGGCAACGCUCCACCAGCUCCCGCGGAACGACGCGGAGAGCAUCAUCAGCAAGGCGGAAGAACCGGCUGGUGGGGUGGGGGAUGUGGAGGAGCUGAGUGAGCCGACGGAUGACGUCACGGUGGCCAAAACAACCAUCCCACUGACGUUCGCCUGCACCAACCUUGUUGGGCUGACAACCGGGGCCACGACGCUGUAUCCGGGCGGACGUCACGGACUCACGGAGCAGCCACCGGAGCUGACGAGCUGCGUGUCCAGUUCCAGUGACCAACUCGACCGGACGGUGGCGACCCCUGCUACGACGAGUCUCGUCCGGAGCCCCGCAAUCCCGGUGGCGACGGCGGCGGCCGAUUCGAACGACACGGCCGCGAUCCUGCAGGCAAUCAUCAGCCGGCGCUCGAGCAUGCCGUCGGAGGCGUCGACGAGCCCCCCGACGUUCCAGCCGUUGCCGGGGCAGACGUCGAUCACCGACUCGCCGGAGAUGCAGGCCAUCUACGACAGUCUGUCGCGCAAGUCCAGCCUCCCGACGCUGGGCGACAUCACGUUCUUCCCGUCGCUCGACAUCACCGACUCCGGCUUUGCGGGGGACACCACCAGCGACACCAGCUUCGCGCUGUUCCCGCCGACGGCCGCGACCUCGACGACGACGACCCCGGCCCCGCAGCCGGUCAGCCUGCCCGACUCCGCGACCCUGCCAGCUCUGCCCGCGGACACGUCCGACUCGUCGUCCUCCGCGCUGCACACCUCGAUGAACUCGUCCGGUAUCAGCGAGGCGUCCGACAACAGUGGCGCCUUCACCGACAGUCUACCGCCCCCGGCGUCGAUCGGUAAGCUACCGGCCCUGCCCCCACUACUGGCCGCCCCGACCAUGGCGACGCUCGGUGAUAGCAAACCGGUGGCGACCGAGGCGAAGGAGGUGAAGAACGCGAAACCGGCGGUGGCUGCUGCUCCGCCAUCGAUCGCCGGCUCGGUGCUGGGGAAGGCGGCCGCCCUUACCGGGUCCGUCAUCGGGUCCACCAAGCAGCCCGCCAGCACGCAGCCAGCCAGCACGCAGCCAGCCAGCACGCAACCACCAGCGCAGCUGGAGUCGAAGCCUUCCGGUGGCUUCUUCCAAGCGACGACCGCCAACUUUGGCAGCUUCUUCACCAAGGUCAACAAGAACCUCCAGCCGAGCGAGACCACCACCAGUACCACCACCGCAGCCGCCACCAGCACCGCCACCGCCACCGACAGUACGCUCGGUGCCAAGUCGAAGUCGUUCUUCGCGUCGAUGAAGAGCUCGUUCAGUCUCGACUCCUCGAAGGCCUCGGUCGACGAGCCGACGGAACCGGUGCUACCGCCACAGCCACAGCCUCAGCCGCAGCCUAUCGUAGGUCCCACGCAGUCUUCGCCCACUUCUCAGGCACCGCUCGGAGGCUCCAGUCCACGGGAGCUCCAGCAGCAGCAGUCGGAACCACCGGUGAUGGCGGCUGGAACAG